AUGGUUCCUGUAACAAUUCGUUGGCAGGGAAAAACAUAUAAUGUCGAAUAUGAUCCCGAAGAUACUGGUAUUUCCUUAAAAAACAAGAUGUCAGCUCUUACGCAGGUGCCUCCUGAACGACAGAAGAUUAUUGUUAAAGGUGGGCAAUUGAGAGAUGACCAAUUUAUGAAAAACGUUGGCCUGAAGCCGAAUGCUUCAGUUAUGAUGAUGGGCACUCCGGGUGAAUUAGUAACGAAUAUUCCAAUACCCAUUACCACAGCAGCUGUAGAUCAUGGUUCAGAUUCAGAUGAUGAGAAGUACCCCUCUGGACUCGUAAAUUUGGGUAAUACAUGUUAUAUGAAUUCCACAGUCCAAAUGCUACGUGCGAUUCCGGAGCUCAAAGAAGCAGUUCAAAAAUCAAACGCUUCUUCUGGUGUCGUUGGUGAAUUCUCCAGUCUUUUACGUUCUAUGGAUUCCACUAAUUCUAUAACCCCCGUUCGGUUUCUUCAGAAUCUACGUUUAGAAUACCCUCAAUUUUCUGAAAUGAGCCGAGAAACAGGUGGGUAUGCCCAACAAGAUGCUGAAGAAUGCUGGUCAUUCUUAUUGUCUUCUUUGCAACGUUCAUUAUCUUCAGAAUGGGUACAGAAAAAUAUGUCUGGAAAACUCACGUCUACAAUGAAAUGUGAUGAAAACGAAAAUGAAGAACCUACAGUCUCUCAAGAUACCUUCCUUAGCCUUCCAUGCCAUAUUUCGAUGCAUACAAACUACAUGACUCAAGGCAUUUUGGAAGGAUUAACCCAAAAACUUACCAAGCGAAGUGAUUUAUUAAAUCGUGAUGCUUUGUACAACAAAGUCUCACGGAUCUCCCGCUUGCCCAAAUAUUUAACCGUAAAUUUUGUUCGCUUUUACUGGAAAGCGUCUCUUGGCCAAAAAGCCAAGAUUCUUCGUAAAGUUAAAUUCCCUUUUGAGUUAGAUGCCGUUGAAUUUUGCUCUCCUGAGCUUUCUCAAAAACUAAUUCCUGUCCGUGAUAAACUGCGGGAAAUCGAAAAGAAUGACGAGGAGCAAGAACGGAACACAAAGCGGAUCAAGAUUCAGCCUUCGGAAGAAGAGCGAGAAUCAGAGACAGAGCGUAGACUAACACAAAUUGCAACAUGCCAAUCACUAGUGGAUCCACAGUUAAGUGAGGAUGACGGCGCUAAUCUUACUGGAUUGUACGAUUUGAUUGGUGUUUUGUCGCAUUCAGGUGCAAGUGCUUCUUCUGGACAUUACCAAGCCUGGAUUCGCAAUCCUGAUCAGCACAGUGAGUGGUUCCGUUUCAAUGACUCCCGAGUCAGCACUGUACCCGCAGAAAAGAUUGAAUCAUUAGAUGGUGGUGGUGAAGCAGACAGUGCCUAUAUUUUGCUUUAUCAGGCUAAAAACAUAGAGUAG